AUGAGAGACAAACACCAUAUGCAGGUGAUAGCAGGAUAUUACUACAGAAAUAAGGAAAAGUUGACGAAAGAAAAAGCCAAAUUCAUCCCCAACUUUCCUCGCAUAGUGGAGAACUUACACCGGAUAAGGAUUAUCAAUAAGUCCCAGAAAAUGUUCAUAUCUAUUUUGUUGGUGAGUUCAUCAGUAUUGGCAGCUGUCCUGUCUGAAAGUCCCACUAUCUGCCCCUGUCCUAAGAUUUUAAACCCAGUCUGUGGUGAUGACGGCUUUACGUAUGCCAAUACAUGUUUAAUGAAAUGCGCAGGUGUACAGGCAGCCGAAGAUUCGGAUUCAUGUUGUAAAUGUAAGAAGAAUUACAACCCCGUCUGUGGCGUGGAUGGCAAGUCUUAUGGAAACAAAUGUGUGGCCUUUUGCAAAGGCGUUCGAAUAUCAAGUAAGGGUGAAUGUCCACGUCCAGUAGUGUGUACAGCCGACUACACACCUGUAUGUGGAGUUGAUGGAGUAACUUAUGGAAAUGCUUGUGGCGCUCAAGCAGCUAAUGUUGAAAUUGCAUCAGAAGGAGAAUGCCCGAAGCCAUGUGCUUGUCCUUUUAUUUUGAAACCUGUAUGCGGUGUUGACGGCAAAACUUACGCUAAUGCAUGUACCGCGAAUUGCAAGGGAAUUGAAGUUGCCUCUGAAGGAGGAUGUCCCCGCGCAUGUCCUAACCUUUACGCGCCCGUCUGUGGUGAAGAUGGAAAUACUUAUUCUAAUGAGUGCCAGGCUGAAGUUGAGAAUGUGGCUGUUGUCAGUAAAGGCCCUUGUUAAGAAGAUGGAUGACCUGUAGACACUCCCCCAGCACAAUAAAAUUAUCUUUAAAUGACCUCCUACGCAUUGUUCAUCGUUAUAAAAUCCUUUAAAAUAUUGUACUUUUUUGUUAUCUUGAAAAUCAUGUGUACGGCU